AUGUCUUCACCACCUCCUCCAUCCUCCAAUCCCCUCAAACGCCCCUCCAUCUCCUCCGCCUCUUCCCAACCCCUCGGCAGCCAUCCCAAACGACCGCGCAUGCAUCCCCUCCGCCAGACCUCCUUCCCCAACACCAUCGACGCAGACACGCGCACCUACAGCGACGCCGGCAGCGUGACGGGCAGUUUCACAGGCAGUUUAGGCGGGACUAGCGCAGAUGGCGUUUUUCUCACGAAGGGAAAGAAGCGCGGCCGCAAGAGUAAAGCGGAGAAGGAGCGCGAGAGGGAAGAAGGGAGUCUGCGGGCAGGGAUGGAUCGACUGGGAUCGGUGGAUGCGGAUGGCGCGUCGGUGAGGGGUGGUGCUGGUGGUGGAGGUGCUGGAGGAGGAGGGGGAGAAGAUGCCGAUGAGGAUGAGGAUUUUGAUGAUGAGGGGGAGUUGUUGGGGAGGGAGGAGGGGACGACGGAUACGGAGGCGGAGAAGAAGAAUAUGGCAUUGCUGGUGGAUGCAUUCAAUCCCAUCCAGUCGGAAAGAUACGAUUUGUUCAAACGAGCCAAGUUACGAAAGGAAACGCUACGACGUAUUGUCAAUCAUGCUCUGUCGCAGUCUGUGCCGGCUAGUGUGGUUACCACGAUAAAUGGCUUUACGAAGGUCUUUGCCGGUGAGAUUAUUGAGAAGGCUCGUACCGUGCAGGCUGAAUGGGCUCUUGCUCAUGAUCAGGCGGCUUUGGCUGCCAUUGAAGCUGAGCAGGCGGCGACCACGACAACAACAGCAACAGCAACACCUGGGGGUAUCAAGCAGGAGCCCGUGGAGAGGGGGCCUAUGUCUACGCCUGCUGGGAAGAAGGAUGUCAAGUUGCCUCCGAAUCCCCAUCGGGGCCAGUUACUGCCUUCGCAUCUGAGGGAAGCGCUGCGGCGGUAUAAGCGGGAUGGAGAGGGUGGUGGCGUAGGGUUCUCCGGACUAAGUAUGGGUAAUUUGGGGGUAAGAGGGUCGGUCACUUGGUCUGCUGGGAGUGUCGGGGGUCGGCGUAUCUUCCGGUAA